AUGUUUGACGAGGCGGCUGAGGACUUCGAAGCAGCAAGGGAGCUUGAGCCGGAUGACAUCAGAUUUGUGGUUGACUAUAAGAAGAUCGCUGAUUUCGAAACGGUUACGCUUUGUUUGGCUGGGCAUGAGGACCAGUUGGUGUAUCGAGACCCCGGGCCACGACCAGAGGAUAGUGUCGAUGAGGGUUUGGUCAAGUUUGAGAAGCUCAUAGCUGAAAUCGUAGAUGAUGCUCCAGUUAUGGCAUGA